AUGGCCGAGCCGGCGCGCGCCGGGCCCGCUCUCCGGCGACGCCGGGUGUUCGAGGACGCCCCGCCCCCGCCCGCCGGUCCAACGUCCGAGGACUCCCCCGAGGCCCUCGUCGAGGCUCCCCGAGAGAUCUCCCGAGAGGACCUCACGAACACGCCGUCCCCGCUGGACCGGCCAGAGCCCGCGCUGGCGGAGGCCGCCGCAGGGGCCGUCGGAGGGCGUCGCCAGCCGCAGCGGCGGCGGCUCCAGCUGCAGGACGCCCCAAUGCUGCCCGACUACUCGAUGCAGCCCGACGGCGUGGCCUCUACGGCAGGGCCCCCGCAGCAGCCGGUGCAGCGGGCUGCCCGCGCGGCGCAGCCCGACCAGCGCACGGCCGGGCCCGCCCCCCGCGCGCGCGUGGCGCUGCAGCGCUACUCGCUGAAGAGCCGCCGAGCCGCGCCCUACCCCGUGCCCUGCCUGCCAAAGAGCGCCGAGUCGUUGAGCCGGGGCGCGCAGGUGCCGCAGGUGUCGCUGCAGGCGCUCUGGCCGCCGAGGGGUGUGACCGCUCACGUGCAGGAGCGCCCGGCAAGGGGGUGCUCCGGGGACCCCUUCCUGUCGCAGGGCAGGAGGAGGCUCUGCCUCCUGGACACCGAGGACCACGCGGAGUACCAGCUCCUGGAGGCGAUGGGCGGGCUCUUCGCGGCGGAAACCCAUUCGUGCAGCACGAGCGUGUCGAAGCGGGCGUCCAUGCAGAUGAUCCAGGUUGAAGGUUGA